AUGAAGUUCCUUUUUUUGUUGUCAUUUUUAAUUUUGGCUGUUUGUAACAUACGGGCUGAAUUAACCAAAGAGGAAGCAAUGGCCAUUGCAAUUGGCUGUAAAGAAGAAGCUGGGGCAUCAGAUGCUGACUUUGAGGCCAUGAUUAAACAUGAACCAGCCGAGACGCAAGAGGAUAAAUGCAUGCGUGCCUGUGCUUUUAAGAAAUUGGGUGUCAUGGAUGAUGAGGGUAAAAUGAUAAAAGACGCUGCCAUAGAACUAUCAAAAUCCCUCAUUAAGCAUGAGGACAAGCUAGAACUGGCUAUUGGGGUAAUCGAAACCUGUGGAGAAUUGGAAGUUAGUGAUGAUCAUUGCGAAGCUGCUGAAGAAUACCGCCACUGUUGGAGAAAUGAAUUGAAGAGCAAAGGUGCCUCCUCUGCUGAAGAUUUGAUUUAA